GGUGGGGAAAGAGAAAUGCAGCAGAGACUUAAGCUAUCCAUCAGGAGAUAUUCAAGGGCAAAUUGUGAUUCUUGGCUGUGUUUGUUUUGCUUUCCAGGUUACGGAUCGAUUUUCUUCGAAGGAGAAGUAAAUCUCACUAACCUGAAUCUGGAUGACAUUGUACAUAUCCGUAGGAAAGAGGUUAUUGUCUACCCAGAUGAUGAAAAGAAGCCACCUAUUGGUGAAGGCCUCAAUAGACGAGCUGAAGUUACAUUAGAUGGAGUUUGGCCCACGGAUAAAACUUCUCGUGGCUUGAUAAAAAGCCCAGAACGACUGGCAGAGAUGAAUUAUGAGGGCAGGCUGGAGUCUGUGUCUCGGAAGCAGGGCGCUCGCUUCAAGGAGUACCGCCCUGAGACUGGAUCUUGGGUGUUCAAGGUAAGGGUUCUGUUCUCACUGUGGGCUAAAUGGAGUAUCAGGCCUGAAUUCAAACUGUGCUAUGAUCUGAAGUCUUUUCCUGUAGCAUAAACUGUCCUAACUGAA